CCCACUGAGAAAGAAAAAGAAAAAGAAAAGGAAAAAAAAAGGAAAAGGACAAGAAAAAGGAAAAACUUUCCAGGAAAUUGCGAGGCUCUUCAUUUUGCCGUCUACCAAACGCCUCUCUUCUCUCUCUCUGUCUUUUCUCUUCUUUCUCUCUCCUCCUUUCGUCGGAGAGUGUUGUCUAUUUUGCCAGAGAAGGUUUCUGAAAUCCAAUCGGUGAAGAAUCAGAUCGAAGUUCUAAGAGAAUUUCAGGUUUGGUUGGUUGAUUUUUCUUCUUCCAUUGAUAGAUAGAUGUCUUCGGCGAGGUCGUCUUAUUGGUGUUAUAGAUGCAGCCGAUUCGUUAGGGUUUGGAACGACGACGCGGUGGUGUGCCCGGACUGCGACGGCGGAUUCGUGGAGGAGAUCGAGAACCCGCCGCAGCCUGCAGUCCACGUCGGCGGCCCGCGGCGGAGGAGAUUCCCCGCGGCCGCGAUGUACAUGAUCGGGGCUGCUCAGCGUAACGCACCUUCCAGCUCGGAUCGGAACGAUUCCGGUCCGAUCCUCAGGAGAACGAGGAGGAACGGCGGCGAUCGGUCUCCUUUCAACCCGGUGAUCGUGCUCCGAGGAUCUCCAGACGGAGGCGGCGGCGGAGGGGAAGGUGAGGGGCGAGGGUUUGAGCUUUACUACGACGACGGCGGUGGGUCCGGCUUGAGGCCUCUGCCGGCGAGCAUGUCGGAGUUCUUGUUAGGGUCGGGGUUUGACCGCCUUCUGGAGCAGCUCUCGCAGAUCGAGAUCAACGGAAUCGGACGGUUGGAACAGCCUCCGGCGUCGAAAGCCGCGAUCGAAUCGAUGCCGACAAUCGAAAUCGAUGAUUCUCACAUAAGCACGGAAUCGCACUGCGCCGUUUGCAAAGAGCCUUUCGAAUUGGGAACAGAAGCUCGAGAAAUGCCUUGUAAGCACAUAUACCACCCGGAAUGUAUUCUCCCUUGGCUUUCGCUUCACAAUUCUUGCCCUGUUUGUCGCCAUGAGCUGCCUGCGGAUGCGCCGAACUCGUCGGAGCCUGAAAAUGGCCAACCUUUGACUCCGAACGAGGAAGAGAAUGUGGGGCUGACGAUUUGGAGGCUUCCGGGAGGUGGAUUCGCGGUGGGGAGGUUUUCUGGAGGGAGAAGAGGAGGAGAGAGAGAGCUUCCCGUCGUGUAUACGGAAAUGGAUGGAGGGUUUAACAAUGGCGGUCUGCCUAGAAGAAUAUCGUGGUCUUCGAGAGGGAGUAGAGGGCGAGAGAGAGGCGGAUUGAGACGGGUUUUUCGCAAUUUGUUUGCUUGCUUCAGUGGGAAUCGGGCUUCUGGCUCCGAUUCGAGCUCCAGCUCGGAGUCAAGGCCUGCAAGAAGGGUUCGGUCUUUGGCGCAUUCUGGCGCGACGGAUGGGCCACGGAGGCGUAGAACUUGGUCAAUGGAAGUAAAUAGUGGAGGAGUUGUGAGAUGGUGAAUUGUGUAAUAGAAGAUAAAGUUAUAAUAGUCACUGUAAAUAUUGAAGAACAAAAUGCUCCUUUGGAUUCCGAAAUCGGGCUAUUAGAUGAUCCUUUGAAUUGUUGGGGGCUAUGAACCAAAGAGAAUAAGCUGAAGAUAAAGAAGCCUCAGCAAGUAUGACGCCUCAAAAAGAAGACGACUUGGCGUUGAGAGGUGGCUAUUGAACAAGAAGAAGAAGGUAUACCACCUGAUUUGCUUAUGUUUUUCAAAGUUCUAUGGAUUGAAUUAGAGUUUUUUUUUUUUUUUUUUCUCUCUCUAUUUAAUGCAUCUUUGUUGUAACUUGUAAGUUGUAGUCAGAUUCAGUCUGUUAUCUUACUCUUUUUGUUUCUUU